AUUUAAAAUGUGUACGCAAUAACAAGCAGUCUAGUCCUGAAAUAUGAAGUAAAAUUAUUUAUUUUUGAUUUAUUUAAAGUAAAAAAAAUAAUAUUUGUGUUAUAUUGUAAUAGUUUUAAGUGCAAAAUGUUUCUUAAGUGUUUAUUAUUGUUAUUUGUACUCAGUUUUGUUGAAGCAGAUUUUUAUAACGGGGCUUCAUUAUGUCCGAUGCGUCGAAUAAAAAAUGGUCGAGCACGGCCACGGCAAAGGGGGACAUUUAUUAAAUUCUCCUGUUCUCCUCGCUAUACCUUGGUUGGUAACAAAUAUGCCACGUGCAGAUUUGGCCAAUGGGAUGUCCCUGCACCCGUUUGUGUUAAAUCGGGCUGCUCACAGUUAGAAGAAGUGAAGAAUUCAGUAAAUAUGACAUAUCACAAUAAUGCGUGGAUAGUGUUCUUUUGUUUGCCUGGUCAUCAGCUGAUUGGUUCUCCAGUAGUGUACUGCGAUGGAUCCAAAUGGAAUUCUACUGUACCAGGAUGUCAUGAUAGUUCAGCAAAAGUGUCAACGGAAUGUGACUUCGAACAGCCAGACCUAUGUGGGUGGAAACCUGAUGAAUUGCACGAUUUCGAUUGGAGAAGGUUAAAUAAAAAGACACCCAGCUCCUUUUUGCAAACUGGACCGACGUAUGAUCAUACUUAUGGAAAGAAUGGCUCAGGUUACUACAUGUACAUAGAAAGUACAGGCAGGAUUGAGAACGAAACAGCGCGACUUCUGUCGCCCGUCUAUGAUGCUGAACUGGCGAAGAAUGGAUGCUUCAUCUUUUACUACCACAUGUAUGGAAGGAGUAUGGGUGGGCUCAGAGUUUACCAGAAACCGGACCGAGUACCAAUGUACCAACUGCUAAGUGCAACUAAAAGGAACAAUUACACCCUGUUUGAGCAAUGGGGAGAUCAGGGCAACGAGUGGUACAACAGCGUCUCAAUGCUUUCCGAUGUCGGUGAUAAUUUCCAGAUCGUAAUUGAAGGCAUUAGAGGAAAUAGUUUUAUGAGCGACAUUGCCAUUGAUGAUGUGUCUAUACAACAUGGGGCAAAUUGUACCAAAGCUAUGCUCGAAGCCACAACACCGCCAUCGGUUUUACAGGAGUCAUGUGUUGGACGCUGCAACCUCUAUUCUGAAACAACGGUCUACAGAGGUUGUAGUUGCAGCAUCGUCUGCGUCGUCACCCAGAACUGCUGUCCAGAUUUUCUGGACGUUUGCGACUUGGACGGAAUCACACUUGAUACAGGGACUCGAGCCAGUUCAACAAUGGCGUUACCUCAAACUCAGAAGCUGAUAGCAACAACACCAGUUAGAGAUGAAACAGAAACAACUGAAAUGACCUCAACUACAACUACAACAAAAAGAACAACCACCAGAAGACCUACAACAACGUCUACAACGACUAAAAGACCACCUGUUACUACCAGUAGACCGACAACAACAACUAAGGCGACGACUACGUCUACUAAACGUUCUACUACUACGUCUACUACGACUACUACAACUCCUAAGCCUAUUCCUAAGCCUAUUCCUAAGCCUACUCCUAAACCUACUCCUAAAACUACCGCUAGGCCUAGAACGACUCCACGUAAGCCUACGCCUACAACAGUUAAGACGACAACUAUUUCACCAAGACCAGAAACUCCAAAACCUAUAACAGUGUCCGUUGAAGUUUCUUUAGUAACCGGAGACACUUCGAUAACUCCUAUACAAGGAAGACAGGAACAGCAUUCGAAAAAAUCUGGAGGUCUGAGUGGAGCAACAUUAGCAGUAACAGUUAUACUAGGAAUAGCAGCAAUGGUCGGUUUAGUAUGGGCCGCCAUUAUGUUGACGAGAGCGCGGGGCAUGGCAGCAAUCUCGCGCAUCCGAGGCCGCGUCACCUCCGACCCUGAAGUCCAUUAUCUUAAGUCAGAUGUUGAUGAUGAAUAA